CACAUGAGAUAGAUGAACGUUACCUUGACAACCCAGCAGAGAGCCUCGCUCACAUGUUAGACCCCCAACCAGAUUCCAGCAUUAAAGUAACAUUCAGAAGUACAAAAAAUGGAAAAGAGCUUAGAAUGAACUUCUUGUCCAGGCAUAUGAAUCUUUCAUGGGAAAAGAUUAUCAGAGAGGAACUGGAUGGAUUUUCUAGGAUUUCAAUGAGAACUGAGUUUCAGUUACAACGAUUUUGUUUGAGACAUCUGGAUGGUAGCAUUAUUGACCUUGAUGGUGUCCUUGGUAACAGUAACUUGACAGUGUUGAUGACAGAGGCAACUGACAACGACCCCUGGUGGAUAGAGGGUGGCAUGGUCAUGAAGUAACAUGGGAGAUAACUCUCAGAAUUAUUAUAUGAGGAAUUAAUAUAUGAACUUAAUAUGUUUGAAAUAAAAAGAGUCAUAAAUAACAUAUGAAGUAAAUGUCAAAAUAUUGGAAACAGGAUGUGAAAUAACAUAUAAUUGUAAUAUAUCUUUCCGAAUUAUGGACUAGAAGGAAUAUGAUAUUAAAUAACAUUCAAAAUGUGCAAAAUAGAUUGUGAAAUAACAUGUGAAAUAAAGGAAGAGGAUGCAUAUCAGAAAAUGAGACUUUCAAUUAUGGAAAUAAUUAUGUUAACAAAACUUACUUGAAGUAAUGAGAUGUGAAAAAUUAAAAGAUAGUAAUUGAGAUAUGGUGUACAACUUUUCUAGAUAAGUUAUGCUUAAAAUUCUGUGAAAUUUGAUAACUAAAAUGUAAAAUAUUAAUUCUUUAUUCAUAGGUUUUAAAAUGAUAUGUGAAUUUACAUACAAUUCAAUCUUUGCUGAGCUGCCCUCUGUUGAGAAAUCACCUCUUUACAACAACAGUAUCAUUUUGUAUCCAAAGUAAGACUGCACAAUAAACUAAACCUCUGUAGAUAAAGAACCUCUGUAACAGCAAUUUUAAUAUUUGUCUUUCAAAGGAUGUUGCUCUGUUAAAGUUGCGCUGUAUAACUAGAUAAAUUUCUGACAAUCUCUACCAGAGAUAUGUGAAAACAGUUUUACCAUGUAUAAUUUGUCAUGAGUAUCUUGUAAAGAGAUAAUUUAUCGUCUAUGUAAAGGAAUGGCUUAAAGCUGUUAUGUGCACUCCAAUUUUUGAGUCGAAAUUUUUCAAUGAAAUCAAAUUUGAGAAAAAUGCUCUAAGAAUUUAAGAAAAGUGAAAAGAUUCAAGUAAUAACAUAGAUCUAACAUGUUAUUUAUGAUUAAUGACUGAUUUUUGAUUUUGCAGCAUUUAUCACCAUAUUUCUAUUAGGUGACUAAUACUUUAUAUAUCCUUAGAUGGACUUGGGGCACUUUAAAUAGAAAAAUAUACAAAGGAAUAACAAAAAAUACACAAAAUUAAAUUGAUUUUUUUUAUGCAACUCUGUUAAGGAUUUAAAGAUAUACUAUGCUUAAAUUUCAUAUUUGAAAAUAUUUAUAAUGGCUACACAGUCUCUUUGUACAUAUAAUAAUAAACAUGUUUUAACUUCACACGAAGUAGAUAUGUUGUGUUUAAAAUUCUACACACUAUACAUGUAGGUGGUUACAAUAUCAAUAUAUAGUGUCAUUACAAAAACUGGGAGUUUUUUUAAAAAAAAAACAAUUUUACAUGACCUGUUAUAGGAAACGCAAAUUCCAAUACAUAAUUUAUUCUUUCUUUUAUUCAAAUUGCAAUAUUUGAUAAGAAUUACAUAGCUUUCAAUAAAUUUCUGUGAUAAAAAUAUUAUACGCAAGAUGUGCAUAGUAUAUCUUUAAACACUUUGGGGGUCAUUUUGCAGAAUUGAAAUGAUUAUUAGGGAAAAAUGGAGUGAGCAAAUGAUUUGAAAUUUUGUGCUCAAAUUAUUGGUUGAUACAUACUUCAAAUGUUUUACAAAAUCUCGAAAGAAUAUUUCCAGGCAAUGUCAUGACAAAAAAACCUCACGUGUUGUCCAUUAAAUUUUCAGCUUUUUCCAUGAAGCUAGAAAAGUACCUGUCUAUUAUUUUUUGUAUAAUGUUACACAACACCAAUAGAAAAAUGCGGGUAAAUUUGGCCUCUGCAAAUAUUGUUGUUUGUAUCUGUGAUCCAGAAUUAAUUCCUAUGCAGUGAUUAUUGUUUCAAUUUCAAUUUUUGUGUGGUGUAUAUAUUUUUUUCUUAUUACAUGUAGAAAUUAUAGUAUCAAAAUUUUCUUUCUCUCAUAAUACUUGUUUGCACAGUAUUAUACUGAACAUUUUAUUUUGUUAUAGGGUGUAAAGAUAUAUGAGCCGUGUCAUGACAAAACCAACAUAAUGGGUUUGCGACCAGCAUGGAUCCAGACCAGCCUGCGCAUCUGCGCAGUCUGAUCAGGAUCCAUGCUGUUCACUGUCAGUUUCUCCACUUGUAAUAAAGUUGGUAAGCGAACAGCAUGGAUCCUGAUCAGACUGCGCGGAUGCGCAGGCUGGUCUGGAUCCAUGCUGGUCGCAAAUCCAUUAUGUUGGUUUUGUCAUGACGCGGCUCAUAUGUAUAAAUGUAAAAUUGUGUUGUUUCUAUAAUUUAAUGGUCUAUAAGCAAAAGAGAUGUAAAAUGAAUUUUUUUUUUAUUUAACACACACGAAUAUUGUAUGUAAACAAGAUAAAAUGUUCUGGAAAUUAGCGGUUUUAAUUGUUAAGCAAUGAUUUUGUGCAUGUGCCAUUCACUCUUAAUGAAGAAUGCAAAUAUAUCCUUUUAUACAGGCUUUUUGAAAUUAUUCUGUUUCAAAUUCCAAACAAUAAUUUUGUUGAUUAUACGUAAUAGAUAUAUAGCUUUAUAUUAACAGAGUUGGAUCAAAAAAGAGAAAUAUUUUGUUUUUCAGUUGAGCUCUGUAGAUUAUUUUAAAUUGAUAUGAUCUUUUAACUUUUUGUGACAUCACAAAGUUGUUAUUAACAAAUGCUUAUAUAAUUAUUAAUUAAUGUGUUUAACUUCUUUAUGAUAUUUGAUUUAAUUAAGCUAAUUAUUUGGGGUGUUGAUGCUGAGGUGAUAAGACCACUGCCCAAUAAAAAUCUUAAAUUGGGAUAUCAAAUUCAACAAAUGAGCCGUGCCAUGACAAAACCAACAUAGUGGGUUUCCGACCAGCAUGGAUCCAGACCAGCCUGCGCACUGCUCAGUCUGAUCAGGAUCCAUGCUGUUCGCUAUCAGUUUCUUUACUGGUAAUAGGGUCUGUAAGCGAACAGCAUUGAUCCUGAUCAGACUGCGCGGAUGCGCAGGCUGGUCUGGAUCCAUGCUAGUCGCAAACCCAUUAUGUUGGUUUUGUCAUGACACAGCUCAAAUUUAUUUGUAUAAUAUACUUUUAGCUUUGACAUAAUUAUAUUCUUGUAUAAAUUUAGCUUCUUUUUUCUUUCUUUUUUUUAAACCUAUAUUCUUGUGAUACUAAGUUUGGUGCAAGUUUUAUGUUUCAUUAUUUAUUAUUAGUGCUAUUCUAUAAUUUUAUAUUGUCUUUUCUAGCAAAAUAGAUGUAUGUUUGUUUGAAUUAUGCAUUAAGAUUACCAAGCUCUAGUUUAUAUACAAAUAUUAUAUUUUACGUUCCUGUAUUUUUGAAGCAAAAUUUAAAAGAUUGUGUAUUAUCCACCGCUUACUCAAUGGUCAAUUAUGGAAAAAUUUCAGUAGGAAAAGUGUUAAUUCCCAAAAGAGGUAUUACAGAACAUGGCAAAUGUGGGGUUUCCCCAUCUAAAUCCAAAAUACAAACAAAACUUCUACAGUUACAAUUUGAUAAAUGUAUCAUUUACAUGUGUAACACAUUGGUCCCUUUUUGAAUGGUAUUGUACCAUGCAGGUGCAGCUAUAAGGAUAAUAGUGUAUGAAGACGAUUGAAAAAACUUAUAUAUACUAAGUUCUGGAAUAACUCUUUGUAUAAAUGAGAUUGAAUACUUGUUAUUUAUCAUAUGCAAAUGAAGAUGUUUUUAUAUACAUGUAAAACUUUAGUAUUGAUACUAAUUCAUACUCAGCCUUUAACCUGCUGAAAUUGUGUAAUGAGCACAGCCUGUUUUGAAUUUGGCUCAGCCUGAUUGAACUUUGAAGGGGUUUCAAUAUUUUAGCUACCAGCAGUAAAAAUUAUGGAUUGGCUAUUUACUUACUGCCUAGGUUCUAUUAACUGGUGACCUAGGCUGUAUUUACAAUGGCCUAGACCCUUUUUUCUGAUAGCCUAGGCUCUAUUUACUGAUGGCCUAGGUUGUAUUUACCAAUGACCUAGACUCUUUUCGGAUGUCCUAGGCUCUAUGUACUGAUUGCCUAGGCUUUAUGUACUAAUGGCCUAGACUCUUUAUGAUGGCCUAGGUUCUAUGUACUGAUGGCCUAGGCUAAUAAAUUUCAGUUCCAGCAGGUUAAGGGUUAAGUAAGUAAAGUUUGGAGUUCGACUUGUGUAUUGCAUUAUACACUACAUUAUGUCAUGCUUUACAGUCUUUGCCAUCAUAUAUACUGCUGCUUCUUAUAUUGCUUAUUUGUAAUCAAUUUCUUGUGUGAUAUUAUAGCCAAUCAUAAUAAAGAUUAGUUUACAUUUCUA